CAAUAACAUCGUCUCUCUCCUUGUAGUGCUUGAAAUUGUGCGCCUCCCGAACAAACUGAAGCCCCUCCCAGACAGGAGGCGCUGUUGUUGGACUCUUCAGACUGUGAUCAUCUUCGCAGCUUUGUCACUUGAAUAAUUCAGUCAGGGAUAAGUUGAUCUCCAAGUACACAGUGUCGAUUUUAAUUGCUGCCUUCACGGGAAAGCUCAACGCCGUCACACUGCAAAGAGCGUUUCUAUGUUUGAAAGACUGGAUCAGCAGUAGAAAAAUCCGCGACGCGCCUUGACUUGAAGUCCUCACUGUUAGGCGCAAAACCAACCCUCACCUGUACAGGAUGAAGGUAACCUUUGGCUCCCUGGUGAUUUCAGCCGGCGUCUGCGGCAUCCUCAGCUUCGCAUUUCUGGCGACUUCUCUCGGCACCGAUUACUGGUACAUCAUAGAGACGAAUCCUUCGAACAUGAGCGACUUGGAGGACAUGAGUUCCCAUUCGGGACUGUGGAGCAUCAACGAAGGUGGGAAGAUGCACGCAGACUCUAUUGACUCUUUCGCAGCUGACUACUCCAGGUACUCUGAGACUGAGCUGCACAUGCUGAACAUGCACAGCGCCAUAGUGGUGCUGCUUCCCCUCAGCCUGGUCCUGUUGCUGUUUGGUGGCAUCUGUGGAUUGGUCAGCUCCCUGGCUCAGAGCCCUGUCCUCCUCACUGGCACGGCCUCCUACUUCUUCGUCUGCAGUCUGCUGACCCUGUCCGGUGUGAGCCUCUACAUCAUUUACUCAAACCAGGCCCUUGCUGAGACGGAGAGACUGGUGGGAAAGGAGGGUCUGGCCUUUGUUCACACAUCCUUCGGCUGGUCUCUAGGUCUAGCCUGGCUCUCCUACGGCCUGGAGCUCCUCGCUGGCGUACUGCUGCUUUCAGCUGCUCGUAUGGUCAAGCGGCAGCACAGCAGUCCCACCAUGGCCUGACAUAAAUCUCCACAGUAGAUCCAGCACUUUCAGGUUGAGAACUGGACUGUAUGGAACUGUAAGUGUUGCAGCCAUGUGAUCCAGCAUUAGCACUAGAUAAUAAACAAUAGCUGGAAAGCACUGAGGCUUUGACAAAAUACAAAAAUUAAACUGCUGGACUGUUUCAAAAGAGUGGUUUAUAGGUUUACCAUCCUUUAAUCCCCCUCAGAUUGUAGAAGAUUGCUGCGCUGAUCAUCGAGUUAAAUUUGACCAAAUUGCGCCCUCUUGUGGUAAGAAUUGAAGUGGCUUUUGUGAUUUAGUC